UUCAACACAUGCAAGAGUACUAGUAUAUCAUUGGAGUACUAUCAAUAAUAACGUCCGAUCGACACUACGAAUUAAGCAGCCAGCAUAUAUAUAUCAUCGAUCAUGUCGUCCGCUGAUGAAGUACCAGCAGCUGGAGGUGGCUCAUCAAACAACAUUAACUACCGUGGGCAGCUGGUUCUUUUUCCGUUACCAUUUCAAGGCCACAUCAACCCUAUGCUUCAAUUAGCAAACAUUCUACACGCUAAAGCAGGGUUUAAGAACAUUACAAUCAUUCACACGGAUCUCAAUUCUCCAAAUCAAUCAAACUACCCACAAUUCACCUUUAAGUCAAUCUCAGACGGGCUUUCAGAUGAAAGCUGCAGCUUGAUCAAUCUAGAUACUAGUAACUCUGUCAUCAACUUUCUCAACAAAAGCUGCAUUGACCCUUUCAAGGCCUGCUUGUGUAAGUUGCUGGCACAAGUAGUAGAGGAUGAUGAGCCACCAGUGGCAUGCCUGAUAUCAGAUGCACUAUGGCACUUCACUCAAUCUGUUGCUGACAGUCUGAACCUCCCACGUAUCGUCUUACGAACUAGUAGCAUGUCAUGCAUCCCUGCUUACGCAACCUUUGUUCUUGGUCAACAGUCCUACUUGAAAACAAGCAGCUUAAAACAAGAGCUUUCACUCAUGACAGAAAAAGACAGACAAAGUAUCAUCUACAAAGGUGACUCCGAAGAGGGAAACAAAGAAUUGAUUGCUAGCAUGAUCCAAGAAACAAAAGCAGCUUCAGGGAUCAUAUUGAACACGUUCAAAGAGCUCGAAGAAGCUGCAUGCUUGGCAUUAACCCAGGAUUUCCGCAUUCCGAUUUUCCCUAUAGGCCCUUUUCAUAAGUACUUUCCGGCUUCUUCUAGCAGCUUGCUAGAACAAGACCGAGGAUCUAUUUCAUGGUUAGACCUCCAACCAAUAAGCUCUGUAGUUUAUGUGAGUUUUGGAAGUAUAGCCCAAGUGAGCGAAGCAGAGUUUUCAGAUAUGGCUUGGGGUUUGGCAAGUAGUAACCAACGGUUUCUAUGGGUGGUUCGGCCCGGUUCGGUCUGCGGCUCUGAAUGGCUCGAGUCAUUACCAAAAGGGUUCAUGGAGGAAGUAGGUGAGAGAGGAUGUAUCGUCAAAUGGGCCCCACAACAACAAGUGUUAGCUCAUAAAGCCACAGGAGCGUUUUGGACUCAUAGCGGAUGGAACUCGACAUUGGAAAGCAUAUGUGAAGGGGUUCCGAUGAUAUGUUCUCCUUGUUCUUAUGAUCAACCCAUAAAUGCGAGAUACGUGACGGAUGUGUGGAGGAUAGGAGUGAUGUUAGAUAACUGGCGGAUGAACAGACGCGAAAUCGGAAGAGCGAUCAAAAGAGUGUUUGAUAUGGACAACGACGAAGGUAUUGAGAUGAGACAGAGGUCUAAAUCUCUUCAACACAAGGUGAACCUUUCUCUACAAAGAGGUGGCACUGCAUACCGUUCACUGGAGAAUUUAGUUGACCAUAUAUGUAAUCUCUCUUUCUAGCUAGCUAUAUAUAUAUAUAUUUGUUAUUCGAUCGAUGAAAUUCCAUCAAACCGCGGGUAUUAUGCAUGUGCUUAAUUCUUAUUAAAUUAUCUGAAUUGCUGUACGUUUGUUUCAAAUUCAGUCAUUAAAAUACAAUGAAGUUUAAAGUGUGUUAUGUUUCA